UCAAGUAAUUGCGUUUUCUGGGCCCUGAAAGACAGAAAGAGGCAUCUAUUUCCAGUCUAUGGUAAAAAUGCAAUUCUAGUAUCUAUUAUUAUUCCACCGUUUCGCCGCUAUGUCACACACCCGGCGCUGUUGUCAGGCAACGGUCAGUAAAGUGGGCGUUGUUUGACGAUAAGUGGGUUGGUCUACUGACUGUAAACUGAACUCGCCUACAACACACUGGAGGACUCAACUUCAACUCUUUUUUUUAAAAGGGAAUUUUAGGGUUCUGAACGAGCCAACGGCAGAAAUGUGGCUGGAUUUAAAACUUUAACUGUUUUCAAAAGUUCAGAGAUGUUUAAAAAAGGCAGAGAGACACAGAGAGAGAAACACCUGGUAGAAACAAUGACGGCGAAGAAGGUGCUAAGUGAAUCUUUGAAUGCUUUGAAUUCAGAGGAGCUUGAGGAAUUCAAGUCACUCAUUGAAUAUGAGAAAGAUUUCCCAUCCAUCUCAAGAAGUCGACUGAAAGCAGCCAACAAGGCAGACAUAGUGGAGCUGCUGGUGGAGACGAACAGUGCAGAGUGUGUGGAGUUGACCAAAUGGGUUUUAAAGAAGAUGAAGAGGACUGAUCUGGAGCAGAGAUUAUCAGACAUCAGCCCAGGAACCAAAGAGAAACAGCAGCCUCCACUGAUCCAAAGAGUGGAAGCCAUGGCGUCUGUCAUUGAGCUGCUUUUGGAAACAUUGAAAGAUUUGACUGACUGGGAGCUUAAAAGGUUCAAGGAUGUCCUCCAGCGUCAGAUGCCCUUAGAGAGAAGUUUCUCAGAUAUCGCAUGGUGUCUGCUACAGACAGCAGACAGGCAGGUCAUGGUGUUUUCACUGGUGCUGACCUACGGCCAACAGUCUGUGGAGACGACCAGGAACCUUUUAAGGAAGAUGAACAGGAUUGAUUUGGUGCAGAAGUUGUCAGACAGCAGCUCAGGACCCAAAAAGAAACACUCUUUGGAUGAACACCUGUCUGCACUGAUCCACAAAGUGGCAACAAUGGCGGCUGUGAAAGAGCUGCUUUCAGAAACACUCAGUGAUUUGAGUUCAGUGGAGCUUCAAACAUUCAAGUGGUUGCUGCAGUUCACGUUCUUCCAGAGGAGCCUUCCUCUUAUGUCACUGACAGAACAGCUGGAUCUAAGAGGGGCAGGACAACUGGUAGAUGUAAUGGUGGACAAGUGCGGUCAGCAGUCUGUGGAGGUGGUGAAGGAGGUUUUCAUGAACAUGAACAGGACUGAUCUGGUCCAAAGGCUGCCAGAGACCAGCUCAGGACACGAAGCUGCAGGAUCAUCAGCUGAAGUAUUUGGUGUGAAUACCACAGAGGGAACUAUAAAAAAGAAACACAGUGUGGAUGAACAUUGGCCUGCACUGAUCCAGAAAGUGGACACGAUGGCGUCUCUCAUAGAGCUGCUUUUGGAAACACUGGCUGCUUUGAGAGAAGAUGAGCUUGAGGAUUUCAAGUUUGUCCUCUUGCGUAAAACUGACUUCACCAAACGCAUCUCAUCCAGGUCAUUGAUGCAGCUGAAGAUAAUGCACUGGCAGGACAUGGUGUUUUUACUGGUGCAGACUGAAGGACAACAGUCUGUGGAGACGACCAAGAAGGUUUUAAAGAAGAUGAAGAGGACUGAUCUGGUGCAGAGGUUGUCAGACAGGAGCUCAGCACCCAAAGAGAAACACUCCGAUGAACAUCGACCUGCACUGAUCCAGGGAGUAGCAACAAUGUCAGCUGUUAAACAGCUGAUUUUGGAAACUCUGAAUGAUUUGAGUGACAAAGACCUCGAGAAAUUCCAAUGGAUCCUGGAGGAGACUGCCAAAUGGAAGAAUCUUCCAUUCACCAUGUCACCGAUGAGACUCACCAGAGAAAGGGAAGGAUUAGUCGAUCAGAUGUUGAAGAACUUUGGUCAACGGUCUAUUGACUUAACCAGGGAGGUUGUAAAGAAAAUGAACAGGAUUGAUCUGAUGCAGAGGCUGUCAGAGCCCAGCUCAGGACUCAAAGAGAAACCCUCUGUGGAUGAACAUCGACCUGCAGCGAUGAAGAGAGCAGCUGUGAAACAUGUUCUUUGGAAAUCACUGAAGGAUUUCAGUCAAGAGGAGUUUGAGAAAUUCAAGUAUUUGCUGCAGUUCACGUACUUCCAGAAGGGGCUUCCACGCAUCUCAUUGAGACGACUGGACUGGAUAAAGAGUGCAGGCGAACUGGUGGAUGUGAUGGUGGAGAACCAGCAGCCGAUGGAGGUGACCAAAGAGGUUUUCAUGGACAUGAACAGGCCUGAUCUGGUAGAGAGGCUGUCAGAGACCAGCUCAGGACUCAAAGAUAAACAGCAGCUUCCACUGAUCCAAAGAGUGGAAGCGAUGGCGUCUGUCAUUGAGCUGCUUUUGGAAACAUUGAAAGAUUUGACUGACUGGGAGCUUAAAGAGUUCAAGGAUGUCCUCCAGCAUCCGAUUCCCUUUCACAGACGUUUCUCAAAUAUCUCAUUGAGGCUACUCCAGACAGCAGACAGGCAGGUCAUGGUGUUUUCACUGGUGCUGACCUACGGCCAACAGUCUGUGGAGACGACCAGGAACGUUUUAAGGAAGAUGAAAAGGAUUGAUUUGGUGCAGAAGUUGUCAGACAGCAGCUCAGGACCCAAAAAGAAACACUCUUUGGAUGAACUCCUGUCUGCACUGAUCCACAAAGUGGCAACAAUGGCGGCUGUGAAAGAGCUGCUUUCAGAAACACUCAGUGAUUUGAGUUACGAGGAGCUUCAAACAUUCAAGUGGUUGCUGCAGUUCAUGUUCUUCCAGAGGAGCCUUCCUCUCUUCUCACAGAGACAAAUGCCAGUGGAAAGUGAGGUAGAAGAUCUGGUAGAUUUAAUGGUGGACAAGUGCGGUCAGCAGUCUGUGGAGGUGGUGAAGGAGGUUUUCAUGAACAUGAACAGGACUGAUCUGGUCCAAAGGCUGCCAGAGACCAGCUCAGGACACGAAGCUGCAGGAUCAUCAGCUGAAGCAUUUGUUGUGAAAACUGCAGAGGGAGACAAACACAGUGUGGAUGAACAUUGGCCUGCACUGAUCCAGAAAGUGGACACUAUGGCGUCUGUUAUAGAGCUGCUUUUGGAAACACUGGCUGCUUUGAGAAAAGAUGAGCUUGAGAAUUUCAAGUUGGUCCUCUCGCAAGAAACUGACCUCACAGAACGCAUCUCAUCCAGUUCAUUGAUGCUGCUGGAGAUAAUGCACAUGCAGGACAUGGUGUUUUUACUGGUGCAGACUGACGGACAACAGUCUGUGGAGACGACCAAGAAGGUUUUAAAGAAGAUGGAGAGGACUGAUCUGGUGCAGAGGUUGUCAGACAGGAGCUCACCACCCAAAGUGAAACGCUUAGAUGGACAUCGACCUGCAAUGAUCCAGAGGGUAGCAACAAUGUCAGCUGUUAAACAGCUGCUUUUGGAAACUCUGAAUGAUUUGAGUGACAAAGAGCUUGAGAAAUUCAUGAGGAUCCUGAUGAAGACUGCCUCCCAGAAGAAUCUUCCAGUCAGCAUGUCAUCAAAGAGAGCAGAAUUUGUGGAUCUGAUGGUGCAGACCUACGGCCAACAGUCUUUUGACUUAACCGUGGAGGUUGUAAAGAAAAUGAAGAGGAAUGAUCUGAUGCAGAGGCUGUCACCCAGCUCAGGACUCAAAGAGAACCCCUCUGUGGAUGAACAUCGACCUGCAGUGACGAAGAGAGCAGCUGUGAAACAGGUUCUUUUGAAAUCACUGGAGGAUUUCACUCAAGAGGAGUUUGAAAGAUUUAAGUAUUUGCUGCAGUUCACGUACUUCCAGAAGGGGCCUCUACUCAUCCAAUGGAGACGACUGGACUGGGCAAAGAGUGCAAUCGCACUGGUGGAUCUGAUGGUGGAGAACCAGCAGCCGAUGGAGGUGACCAAAGAGGUUUUCAUGGACAUGAACAGGCCUGAUCUGGUAGAGAGGCUGUCAGAGACCAGCUCAGGACUCAAAGAGAAACAUCUGUCCAUAGUGCUCCAGAAAAUUUUGGAAACACUGGAGGAUUUAAAUUACGAGGAGCUCGAGAAAUUCAAGUGGCUCCUGCAGCAAACUGAAAUGGAGAAAGGCUUCCCAAGAAUCCCAAAGCACCGAAUGGAGACAGCAGAGGGAGGUGAAGUAGCAGAGCUGAUGGUGGAGACCUACGGCCAGCAGUCUGUGGAGGUGACCAGGGAGGUUUUAGAGGAGAUGAACAGGAGAGAUCUGGUGCAGAGGUUCUCUGAAAUCACCUUAGGAUCUGAAGGGCCUUCAGGAAGCUUGGAGGCUGAGGGUUGUGGCAGCACGAUGCAGGUCUCCAGUGACUGGACUAAACUUGACCCUGAAGUGAACAGUACAGACGAGGCUCCAACUUACAGCCUGCAGUCUGAAGCAGGAAACUUUGAAUGCAGCGUCUCUGGCUUGCGCUGGGUCUGUAAGGAAAAGGUCAGCUUGAAGUACCAGUUCUGCUCCUUGAAGGGUCACAUGGAGAGGAUUGACAGCAUCAAAUAUAUGCCUGCAGGGCCCCUUAUGGGCAUCACAGUCAUCGCUGGGAAGAUAGAUAUAGUGUACCUGCCUCACUGGAUUUGUGUCGAUGAUCCUACACUGUUAAACAAGUUUGCAGUCCUGCACAUAGAUGACUGUGGAGUUACUGUGGAAAAAGUGUCUGAGGUCACAUCGUCCCAUGUCAAGCUGUGUGAACCAGCUUUCUCUUUAAUCAUAGCCCUGCUGGAAUGGUUAGGCAUUUGGACAGUGGAAAUAUACUGUAAGCUGGUCAUAUACUGUAAACUUGACACAUCAUCCCUCUAUCUCCAUGCUUACCUGAUCCCACCUGAUCCUGCUCUGAUAGAGGAAAUAGACCAGACAGAAUUAUCUGAAGGAUACAAAAGAAUCCGAAAGCCACAUCCAAAGAUGCCCCUGAAGAUGAAUGGUCUUUUUAUCCUUAAAGCACAGCUGGAUGAAGAAGAAAUUGCUCCUCAAGAAUUAAGGCUCAGACAUGACAUCACGGACCCAGAUUUCGCAGAAGUGUAUGUUGAAAAUCAUAAAGAGAGAAAUGUUGAGCUCAAGCUCACACAAGAGAAAAGGGAGCAACCAGUCUGGACCUGUGUUAUUCCAAAUGGACAAUACCAAAGCAGUAGUCAUAUAGAAGAGGAGAACCCUACUGAUGAACACCUGUCUGCACUGAUGCAGGAAGCAAAGGCUAAAGAGAGGCUUUUGGAAAUACUGAAUAAUUUGAGCAAUAAACAGUUCAAAGACUUCAAAUGGCACCUGGAGAACCUCAAAGACAUCAGCGAAAGUGAACUGGAGGACAAGGAAAAGUGUGACGUUGUGAAUAAGAUCUGGCAGACCUACACCAAAAGAUCUGUGGAGGUAACCAAGACUGUUUUAGAGAAAAUCCCCAGGAAUGAUCUGGUGCAGAAGUUGUCAGGACCCAGCUCAGGAUCCAAAGCUGCAGGAUCAUCAGCUUGAGCAUCUAGUGUGAAAACCACAGAGGGAGGUAGGUGCUUAAGCUAUAACAAUAUGCAACAUAAACAUCAUUCUUUGAUUUUAAAGUCUUUUCUUAUCUGUUUGAGUCACUGUGUCAACUUUGAACAGUUAAUUGGCACUACUUUAGAAGUAGGCUGUGAAUAGCUCCAGAUGUGUCCACAUUUUGUAUAAAAAAAUCUGGUUUCCAGAGGAUGAAAUAUAAUAGUUUUGGUGAUCCACUGCCUUCUCCUCUUGUGCCAUCAUGCCAUUGACUUGGAUACAGGGAGUAAUUGAUUGGAUUUUGUUGGUCAAAGGUCAAGGUCACUGUGACCUCAAAUCUGUCCCAUUCUCAUGAACACCACAUCUUUCUUCUGAUUUUACACAAAUAUGCAUUUGCACUAGAGGAUGAACUGUUUGUUUUAGUGAUUUUGCAAAAAAUCCUUUUUUCUCCAUUCCACAGUCCAUGACAUUGGUGAAGACGUUCAUGCUGGAUUGCGAUCACUUUGCUGAUCCCUCAACUUUUGCUAUAGUGCCAUCAUCUGGUCAGAAUUUAAAUUUGUCCAGUCAUUAAGUUUAAACUAUAUACAUUCCCAUCAGCCUCAGCUGUACUUCAUGUUUGAUGCGAAAACCAAAUGUCAUGCUGAGCUAAGAUGAUGACCAUUAUACCUGUUUUUUAAAUAUGUUAUCAUGUUAAUCAAUUAACAAGCAUGACUAUUGACCUCAAAUUAUUAUUCAAUUAAGCUUUUGAGUAUAUUCCUUAAAGCAAUUGAUGAUGAUGAUGAUGUGAUGUCACAGAUUUUUUAAAUGUCCUUUCUACUCAGAGCAAAUCUGUGAAUGACCACUCAUCUGCAUGGAUCCACUAAGUGAACAUCUCGCUGACUUGACACAACACAGCACAACACAUGCUGGUUGAAAAAUCAUCCUCAAUUUGAACUGAUAAACUAUGAUACAAACCAAAAACUGAGGCUUGAUUCAGUUUUUUUUCUUUAAAAAUACUUGAAAUUGUUCUGCAAUCAUGUAAAGAGACUGCGACCUCCAGCACUGAGGAUCAAAGAAGGAAAAGCAAGGUUUUUUUUUUAUUAUUUUCAGUCAAACUGAAAUCUGAACGUUUUUCAAACGGAAGUGUAAAGUUAUUAUAAGUAUUUAUGAAACAUGGUGUUUCUGAGGGCAUCAAAAUCUUUUUUUAUGAUGCCUGUUUCCCUUACAUUUUUAAGGUUCAAAGAUUUUUUUAUAAAGAAAGAUUUGUUGAGCGUGAAUUAUGUACAAUGUAUUGAUGUUUUGUUCUAAGUCCGAUGUUUAUUCUAUUUUUAUGAAAUGUUAUUUUUUUAACAUUAAAAUGUCUAAAUGUAUUUUAUCCUUCAUUGUUUUCUUUUUUAAACCUUUUUUGUCUCAUCAAGCACUUUGAAUUGUCUUGUUGUUGAUGCAAGACAAGAACAUCUAUGUUGCAUUUGAAUGUACUGUAUCCUUUGAAUUUACCAGCAGCUGUAAACUUUUUUACUGUUGGAGGGUCAUUUCAGAAUCUAUAAUAAAUUUCUCUGAUUAUUAUUA